GCCGGGAGCGGGGCCGGGCGGCUGCGAUCCCGAGGGGUGUUCCCGGCGAUCCCGCGGGGUGUUCCCGGCCAUCCCGUCCCGCUCCGCCGCGGCCCGCCAUGGCCCUCAACAAGUCCAUGCACGCCCGCAACCGCUACAAGGACAAGCCGCCCGACUUCGCCUACCUGGCCGGCAAGUACCCCGAGUUCCAGCAGCACGUGCAGACCACCCUCGCCGGUAGGGUGAGCCUGAAUUUCAAAGACCCCGAGGCGGUGAGGGCUCUGACUUGCACCCUCCUGAAGGAGGAUUUCGGGCUCACCAUCGACAUUCCCGUGGAAAGGCUCAUUCCCACUGUCCCCCUGAGGCUGAACUACAUCCACUGGGUUGAGGAUCUUAUCGGCCACCAGGAUGCUGAGAAGCCGGUGCUGAGGCGAGGCAUCGACAUAGGGACAGGGGCAUCUUGCAUAUACCCAUUACUCGGAGCAACUUUAAAUGGCUGGUAUUUUCUUGCAACAGAAGUGGAUGACAUGUGCUUCAAUUAUGCCAAGAAGAAUGUGGAACAGAAUAACUUGUCUGAUCUUAUAAAAGUGGUUAAGGUACCACAGAAGACACUCCUAAUGGAUGCACUGAAGGAAGAAUCUGAGAUCAUUUAUGAUUUCUGCAUGUGCAACCCUCCCUUUUUUGCCAACCAGUUGGAAGCAAAGGGAGUAAAUUCUCGAAAUCCACGGCGUCCCCCUCCCAGUUCUGUAAAUACAGGAGGGAUCACAGAAAUCAUGGCUGAGGGAGGAGAACUAGAAUUUGUCAAAAGAAUUAUUCAUGAUAGUCUUCAACUUAAAAAGCGGUUACGAUGGUACAGUUGCAUGCUGGGGAAGAAAUGCAGUUUAGCACCACUGAAAGAAGAACUUCGAAUCCAGGGGGUUCCUAAAGUUACUCAUACCGAAUUCUGUCAAGGACGCACCAUGAGAUGGGCACUGGCCUGGAGUUUCUAUGACGAUGUACAAGUACCUUCACCUCCUUCUAAAAGAAGAAAAUUAGAAAAACCACGAAAACCAAUUACAUUUAUGGUCUUGGCUUCUACAGUCAAAGAGUUAUCCAUCAAAGCUGCAGCUAUGGGCUGGGAUGCUGUAGAAGCUAUUGCUGUCGUCAGAGCCUGGGUAGAGAAGAUUCUCACCGAUCUGAAGGUUCAGCAUAAACGUGUUCCCUGUGGAAAAGAUGAAGUUAGCCUGUUUGUGACUGCCAUUGAAAACUCCUGGAUUCAUUUGAGGAGAAAGAAACGAGAGAGAAUAAGGCAGUUACGAGAACUUCCUCGAGCUUCUGAAGAUAUUCUGCAAGCAAUGGAAGAGGAAAAGAACAGCCAGAAGAGUGUGAGCAACAAUUCGGACUGUGAAAACCCCAAGACUGAAGACUCUGAAAUGGGGUUUAUGGCACCUGAUGAAGAUGUCCAGUUGACCACAGGUGAUGAGCUACCAGAGGAAUCUGCUGCCAAAGAAGAACACAGUGAUCCUGUGAAGGAAGAGGAGAUGGAAGCAAAGCAGGGAGAAACAUCUCUUGGCAAAGGUUCUGGUGAUGCAAAGGAGGAACCUUGCCUUUCAGAGGAAGCUAGCAAUCUGACAGUUGAAAAAGAACAAAGCCCCAAAGAAACUAGUAGAUGUUUUCUCUUUAAGUGUUUAAUGAAUGUGAAGAAAGAAGGAAAUGAUGUGGUAGUAGAAAUGCACUGGGUGGAAGGACAGAACAGAGACUUGAUGAACCAGCUGUGCACAUACUUACGGAACCAAAUUCUUCGACUGGUUGCUAGUUAGCCCAUUUUCCUGCUUCGGUAGAGUAGGUCUGUCCUCAAAUUUUGUAAACUAUUUUUAAUUAAUUAAAAAUGUCAGUGAGCAAAACCUGACUUUUUCCCCUUAAAAGAGUAGUAUUAAUAUAGAUGUCCCCUUUAAUGUUUUAAAUAGCUUUUUCAAAGCUGCAAGGAGGACAUGAAAUGUACUUCAAUGGACCUGAAGUCAUGGGGAAGUAAUAGAUUUUGUGCUGCAGUUGUAAAACUACAUGUUAAAGUGAAACAUGUCUAUGCUGUGAGCAUUUUGAGUAUCAACAGUGCUUAUUCUGGUCUUUUCUGGCGCAAUAGGUUUAUAUAUUGUUUCUAAGUAGAAUACUGAGAUAUUUUCUUCAAUAUUUUUUUAAAUACUAAUACAGGAAAUGGUUAGUCUGCUGUGGGAAUUAUUUUCUGCAGUGAGGAGUCUUCAGCAAAGGAUUUCAGUAUGCCUUUUCUGUUUAAUGUAUUUAACUUUUGGUCUUCGCAGUUGCAGAAUGGAUACAUUUUCCAAGUGUCAAUACAUUAAAAUAAUUGAAGUGCA